AUGGCUGCAGCAGACUCCAAGAACUCGGCCGACGUGAUCACUCCCGCCCCUGAGAUACAGAGGGACCACGAUCGGGCGGCCGACUUCCUGGCCAGCCAUGGAGACACUUCUUUCUCCGUCGAGGAGGAGAAAGCUGUGCUGCACAAGAUCGACAGGCUCACAAGCAUCUUCGGCAUUGUUGACGAUGCUCACCUCGUCGGUAAAGAAUACUCAUGGCUCGGUUCCAUUCUGUACAUUGCGCAGCUCGUCAUGCAGCCGGUUGCUGCUGUUCUCCUCGUCAAAUUGCCGAACGGAAAGGUUAUCGCAUCUGCUGUAUUUCUAUGGGGCUCAGCGCUCUGCAUCAUGUCUGCCUGCACAAACUUUGCCUCUUUACUGGGCCUGCGAUUUGUCCUCGGCACGUUCGAGGCCAUGAUAGCCCCUUGCUGUGUGGCCAUCACUCAGAUGUGGUGGCGACGUGGCGAGCAAACCCUGAGGACAAGUUACUGGAACGCCAUGAACGGCGUGACGAGCAUCAUCGGCAGCUUGUUCACGUACGGCCUGGGCCACAUCGAGAGCAAGACCAUGUUCAAGUAUCAGAUCAUCUUCCUGUUCUGCGGGUUGCUCACCGUCGCCUACUCCAUCUUGUUGUUUGCCCUAAUGCCAGACUCCCCAAUGGAGGCGAAGUUCAUCUCGGAGAGGGAGAAGGUCAUCGCCACGGAACGGCUGAGAGCAAAUCAGAUGGGAGUCGCAUCGAGGACUUGGCGGUGGGACCACGUCUGGGAGACGGCCUAUGAUCUCAAGACGUGGUUGUGGUUCAUCGCUAUAAUUGCCAUUUCCAUCUCCAGUGGCGGUAUAACAACUUUCGGCAGCUUGAUUGUCAAGUCGUUUGGCUACUCGAGCUUCCAGACUAUUCUGUUCAACAUACCGUUUGGGGCGAUUCAGGUGAUUGCCAUUAUCGGGACUGGGUGGAUCGCUCAGAGAAUUCAGAGGAAGGGGCUGGUUAUCGCGGCCACAGCUGUCCUACCCACCAUCGGAACUGUUCUCCUUCUCACCGUUCCGAGACAUCAGAAGGGUAUCUUGCUGUUCGGCUACUAUCUUGUAUCCUGCCUCGCCGCCAUCACUCCCAUGCUUUACAACUGGCAGGCCGUGAACUCUGGGGGUGACACGAAGAAGAAGUGCACUUCGGCGGUAGUGUUCAUCGGGAUGUGUGCAGGGAAUGUCAUCGGGCCUCUCCUAUACUCCACCGAUCAGGCACCCUUGUAUCGCGCCGGACUAAUCUCCAACCUCAUCAUGUUCGUUUUGGUAGGGGUGAUCGCAGCCGUUAUCCCCUUCUAUCUCAUGUUCCUUAACAAGCGGCAUGCUAAGCGUCGUGAGGAGCUGGGCAAGAGUGCCACCAUCAUUGACGAGUCGAUGAUCAGCAAGGACAAGAUGCAGGCAAGCAAAACUGUCGAGGUUGAGGAUGCGCAGCUCCCGCAGCAUAGGACUUUGGCUGAGGACAGGGGACUGCUCGACUUGACGGACCUCAACAAUGAGGAUUUCGUAUAUGUCUACUGA